AUGCACCACCGGCUCCCCCCGCUGCUCGUGCUGCUCGCCCUCUGCCUGGGGCCGGCGGCGGCGUACGACGGCUACGGCGAGAUCUGCCGGAGCCUCUGCACGUGCGAGGAGAAGGAGGGCGUGCUGGCGGUGAGCUGCGAGAACCGGGGCAUCAUCCGCCUGUCGGAGAUCAGCCCCGUGCGCUUCUCGGCCUACCACCUGCUGCUCACGGGCAACCUGCUCAAGAAGCUGGCGCUCAACGACUUCAUCAACUACACGGGCGUCACCAUCCUGCACCUGGGCAACAACGACAUCUCGGAGGUGGAGACGGGCGCGUUCAACGGCCUGCAAGGGCUGCGGCGGCUGCACCUCAACAACAACAAGAUCGACCUGCUCCGGGACGACACCUUCCUGGGCCUGGAGAGCCUGGAGUACCUGCAGAUCGACUACAACUACAUCUCGGUGGUGGAGCCCAGCGCUCUGAGCCGCCUCCACCAGCUGACCGUGAUGAUCCUCAACGACAACCUGCUGUCGGCGCUGCCGGCCAACGUCUUCCGCAGCGUGCCGCUCACCCACCUGGACCUGCGGGGCAACCGGCUGAAGAUGUUCCCGUACGUCGGCCUGCUGGAGCACAUGGACAAGGUGGUGGAGCUGCAGCUGGAGGAGAACCCGUGGAACUGCUCCUGCGAGCUGAUCGCACUCAAGGCGUGGCUGGAGAGCAUCUCGUACACGGCGCUGGUCGGCGAGGUGGUGUGCGAGACGCCGUUCCGCCUGCACGGCCGCGACCUGGACGAGGUGUCCAAGCAGGAGCUGUGUCCGCGGCGGCCGCCCGACGACGGCGGCGGCGCCAGGCCAGUGGCGCCGCCGCUGAGCACGGGCGGCUACUACCAGACCACGCCGGCGCCGGCCGCCACGCCCUCCGUCACCUCCUCGGCCGUGCUGAGGUCCUCGUCCAAACCCACCAAGGGCACGCGGCAGUUCAACAAGACCCGGUCAAAGCCCACGUCCCGGUUCCCCGGAGGCAACCCGUACAACUACGGCCCCAUCAUCGCCUUCCAGACCAAGUCGCCCGUGCCUUUGGAUUGCCCCGCCGCCUGCACCUGCAACCUGCAGAUCUCCGACCUCGGGCUGAAUGUCAACUGCCAGGAGAGGAAGAUCGAGAGCAUCUCCGACCUUAAACCCAAGCCAUACAACCCGAAGAAGAUGUACCUCACCGGGAACUACAUCCCGGUGGUGCGUCGCUCGGAUUUUGUCGACGCCACCGGAUUGGAUUUGCUUCACCUCGGCAACAACAGGAUAACAAUGAUCCACGACCGGGCUUUCGGGGAUUUAACCAACCUGCGUAGGCUGUAUUUAAACGGUAAUCUCAUGGACAGACUCCGAGCGGAGAUGUUUUUCGGCCUGCAGAACCUGCAGUAUCUUUAUCUAGAGUACAACAAAGUCCGGGAGGUGGACGCCGGCGCGUUCCGCUACCUGCCCAACCUGCAGCUGCUCUUCCUCAACAACAACCUCCUGAAGACCCUGCCGGGCGACGUCUUCACGGGCCUCUCCCUGUCGCGCCUCAACCUCCGCAACAACCACUUCCAGCGCCUGCAGGCGGCCGGCCUCCUGGACCAGCUGAAGCUGCUGCUGCAGAUCGACCUCUUCGAGAACCCCUGGGACUGCACCUGCGGCCUGCUGGGCAUGAAGGUGUGGAUGGAGCAGCUCAGUGCCGGCACGGUCGUCAACGAGGUCACCUGCGAGAGCCCCAAGCGCCACGAGGGCGUGGACCUGCACGCCGUCCCGGCCGAGCUCCUGUGCUCGGACCGCUCGGACGUUGCGGUGUCCUCGCAGAGCCCGGCCUUCGCGCCUUCGGAGCGACCGGCGGACGAGCGCUCGGCGGUGGCCGGCGGCGGCGGUGGCGGCGGCGGCGGCGGCGGCGGCGGCGCCACCACGGAGACGCCGCAGCGCUUCAACCACGCGGGCGGCACAGUGCCCCUGUCGGUGCUCAUCCUCAGCCUGCUGCUCGUCUUCAUCAUGUCGGUGUUCGUGGCGGCGGGGCUCUUCGUGGUGGUGAUGAAGAGGCGCAAGAAGUCCCAGAGCGACCGCACCAGCACCAACAACUCGGACGUGAGCUCCUUCAACCUGCAGUACAGCCUGUACAGCAACCGCUCGGGCUGCCCCAAGGCCAAGGCGCCGGCGGGCCACGUCUACGAGUACAUCCCCCACCCCAUGGGCCACAUGUGCAAGAACCCCAUCUACCGCUCGCGGGAGGGCAACACGGUGGAGGACUACCGCGACCUCCACGAGCUCAAGGUCACGUACAGGAAUACCCCCGACGAGGAGAGGGACGGCGUCUGCGUCGGCGGCGGCGGCGGCGGCGUCGGCGGCACCAUGCGGAGCCCGUCGUACAGCGUGAGCACCAUCGAGCCCCGCGACAACCCCUCCCCCGUGCCGGACGCCGACCACUUCUUCAGGGGGAUGCUGGACCCGGACAAGCACCCGUCGCCCCACCAGCCUCCCCCCCAGCUCUCGGCCGGCCCCAACCUCGAGUUUAAGUACAGCGGGCCCGUGUCCUACACGUACAACCCCAACUUUGACGUCCGGCGUCAGUUCUUGCACCCGGAACGGAUUAGGGAGACGGUUCUGUACGGCACGGCGCCCAGUACUGUGUACGUGGAACCCAAUCGGAACGAGUACCUGGAGCUUAAGGCCAAGCUGCAGUCUGAGCCCGAUUACCUGGAGGUGCUGGAGAAACAGACCACCUUUAGCCAGUUCUGAGGCUUGCGGGAUCCGCGGCAAACGUUAGUGCUAACGAUACAGUGUUCACCCUUUGGUUGUUUUUUUUUUGUUGCGGUCCUAGAAAAUACAAAACACUGAUUCAGCUUUUUAGGGUGCCCUGGCACGACACAAAACCAGGAAGCGGAGCAGUGAUUAACGGGGUGUGCCGAACUAUCGUCUUCUUAUUUCUGGAAAACAUGAGACAUUAAAAACGCAAAUGGAUACAGCUUUCUGAAACAAAACAUGGAUGAGCAAAAAAAUAAAAAAAAUAGCUCUGAAAAUAAGUGACAGAGAAAAUCUAUUUUUAUAUUGGUGAAGAAACAAAUCACAAGCAAACUGUAAGUGUACAGGUAAAUCUUACUUAAAUUCAUUCGCAGGAGUAUAACCAUACAUAAAGUAUAUUGUGAAUUUAAAAAAAGAAAAUGUUUAUAGGGUCACAAACUCGGACAAAACAAUGUACAGCAGAUCAUCAAAACUGUGUAGGGACUAUUUUCUGCUGGAGUCUGUAAGUAAGUAUUUAUUAAUAUAAUCUGCCAUGUCUUUUCAAAACUUUUGAUUCUACAUCAGUAUUACUGUGUCAUCAAUCCUCCACACAAUCCCCUUCAAAAAAGGCUUCUGUUUGUAGUUUCAUUUACUGUAGCUUUGCAUUGUAAAGUGGCUUUUUUAUUUGGUUUUAAAAGGUGGCACACCCCAAAUGUUUAAAACGGACUGCAUCGCUUGAAGAAUAAGAAAAAAGAAAGUGUCUUUGAAUGCCUUCCGCACUUUUCCGGAGAAUGGCAGGUGCAAAAUGGCCUCCGCGAGCUCUCAUAAAAAGAGAUUAUUAUAUUAAAAAUGAAUAUGGAUAUUCAUUCUUAAUAUGUAGAAUUGAUAUGUUAUCAACAAACGAAAAAUUCAUAAAUGAUAUUUGAAGUAAUAAUUAUGUUGUGUAAUACUGAUAUUUUAAUCAAUGUAUUUUUAUACAGGCAUUCGCAUACUCUCUAUUCCUUAUCAGAAAAAUUUGUUUUGAUUGCUUUGCACUUUGCACUAUAUUGACCAAACUAUGUUAAUGCCAUCAAAUAAAAAUGAUGUCAGGUUCAUAUAAUGUGCUGA